UCCCUGUUACACCUUCAAAACAACUUCAAGAUGAACAUUCGCUGUGCUAAGCCCGAGGAUCUGAUGACCAUGCAGCACUGCAAUCUGCUCUGCCUGCCCGAGAACUAUCAGAUGAAGUAUUACUUCUACCACGGCCUCACCUGGCCCCAGCUGAGCUACGUGGCCGAGGACGACAAGGGUGGCAUUGUGGGCUAUGUCCUGGCCAAAAUGGAGGAGCCCGAGCCAAGCGACGAGACCCGUCACGGCCACAUCACCUCGCUGGCCGUCAAGCGCUCGUAUCGCCGCCUGGGCCUCGCCCAGAAGCUCAUGAAUCAGGCCUCGCAGGCCAUGGUUGAGUGCUUCAACGCCCAGUACGUGUCGCUGCAUGUGCGCAAGAGCAACCGUGCCGCCCUCAACCUCUACACCAACUCGCUGAAGUUUAAGAUCAUCGAGGUGGAGCCCAAGUACUAUGCGGACGGGGAGGAUGCCUAUGCCAUGCGCCGCGAUCUCAGCGAAUUCUCCGAGGACGAUGACGACAAGCCCAAGACCAAGUCCAAGGAUGCUGCCAACGAGGAGACGGCCGGCGGUGAUUAAGAUCCAGCGUAAAGCCAGCGGCAACGAUGGUCAUCCGGCCGCUGGCUGCCGGCUGCCAGCUGCUGCUGCAUGCGUUUCGAAGUUUUUUUUGCAUUUUUGUGCAUUAGGUUUUUGUAAUUAAUGUAACAAGCCCCCCCACACACGUACACACAUAUAAAAAGUAACUAAAAUUUAACAAAGAUAAUGACAAAGAA